ACUCACUGAGAUGAUCUCUCACCGAGAAGAGAGGGUUUCCGAUAUAUUCGGAGUCCGGAUGUAAUCUUUUUUACUACGUUCGGUUCUCUCCUCAACCGACCGCAUCCAUCCCGAUGCGGUCUCUCAACACAUUGUGUUUUAUUCCCUUUCUAAUACGAGUUCACGACGCUUUAUGGGUCAUCUUUUACGUGCCUGGCUUACGUGGGGAUGGUGGGAAGUGGUUAGGAAAUGUUUUGAACGCAGAGGGGACCAGACGCACGGAAGAAGAGGACGAGCUUGGGGAGAGUCCAUCCAGCAAUGGAGAGCUUAUGCGCACAAAACAGGCUGCGCGCGCUUUGCUCUUUUUACAGGUGGACAUCAAAAAGCAUACAAUGGAGCUUCGGCCAGGUCGUGGAUCCUGGUUUUUUGCAAAAAGGGAAAUUCCGGGAUUUGUUCAGAAGAUGAUUUUUUAUCGUCUUUUUCCUUUUGGCAUUGGCUCGGUCACACUGGCAGACCCCCUCUCACAUUACGACACCUAGUGGUGUGGCCUAAGAGGUGUUUUUUCCCACUCGGAAAGGAACGGCGCGGUCCCAACAUCUCUUGACUACACAGGAGAUGUAUUCCCAGUUGCAGAGCUCAAGCUGGGCUGGGGUCACUGGUCGCCAACAGU